UAAUGAACCCGUCUACUGCUCCUUUAAUGAGCACAGAAGAGCGUACAUCCACCACAGUCCGCGGAAGGAAGGGGUUCAGAAGCUGCCUGCGAAAGUCGUACUGAGCACAAAUGUCCAAAACAGAAUAACAGACGAAACAUCAUGGCACAUCAAAUGUCAGGGACUCUGCCAGAGAGGACCUUUCAGUACCAGGACAGCCUUCCUCCUCUUCCCGUCCCCUCGCUGGAGGGGAGCCUGUCCAAGUACCUGGAUGCCGUGCGUCCAUUUGCAACAGAGCAGGAGUACGAGGCUACAGUGGAGAAUGUCAGGAGCUUCCAAGAGGGCGUUGGUCAAGUCCUGCAGCAGAAACUACUCCACAGAGCGAGCACCAGGAGGAACUGGCUGGAGGAGUGGUGGUUGAACACGGCCUACCUGGAGGUCCGGACCCCCUCUCAGCUCAACGUCAACUUUGGAGGACCGGCCCCCUACCUGGAGCACUGCUGGCCCCCCGCUGAGGGAACUCAGCUACAGAGGACCAGUGUUGGCCUGUGGCACAUGCUGCAAUACUGGGACCUGAUCCGCACGGAGAGGAUGACUCCUCAUAAGGCUGGCCGAUCAGGGCUGGACAUGGACCAGUACCGCAUGCUGUUCUGCACCUGUAAGGUACCUGGAGUCACCAAGGAUACCAUCCUCAACUACUUUAAAACAGAGAGUGAGGGCCCCUGUCCCUCCCAUGUUGUGGUGAUGCGUCGUGGGAGAAUCUUUACCUUUGAUGCUCUUCAUGAUGGAAAGAUUCUAACUCCUCCAGAGCUGCUGAGGCAGCUGCAGUACGUGACCGAGUGUUGUGAAGGAGGGCCAGAAGGAGAUGGGGUCGCUGCCCUCACCUCAGAAGAGAGAACCACUUGGGCCAAGGCCAGAGAGCAUCUGAUCAGCCUUGACCCCGUCAACACCAGCAUCCUGGAGACCAUCCAAAGCAGUCUGUUUGUUGUCUCUCUGGACGAAGCUAAACCCUAUGCCACCGCAGAAGACUACACCCCGCUGACGUUGGAAACUCUAACGGGUGACCCCACCAUUCGCUGGGGAGACAAAUCGUACAACUCCAUUUCAUACGCAGAUGGCACGUUUGGAUCCAACUGUGAUCACGCACCCUACGAUGCGAUGAUUCUGGUGUCUCUGUGUUACUACAUAGACCAGAGACUUGAAGCCACAGGUGGGGAGUGGACGGGCUCUGAUGCUGUGAGAGCCAUGCCUUUCCCUGAAGAACUGGUUUUCACAGUGGAUGCCAAAGUCAGAAGUGACAUCAACCGGGCAAAACAUCACUACCGGAACACGGCACAAAACCUGCAGCUUGUUUGUUAUGCAUUCACCGCCUUUGGAAAAGAAGCCAUUAAACAGAGGAAACUCCAUCCUGAUACCUUUGUUCAGCUGGCAAUGCAGUUAGCCUACUACCGAAAGCAUGGAAGACCAGGAAGUUGUUAUGAGACAGCGAUGACGCGCAGGUUCUACCACGGCCGGACAGAGACCAUGAGACCCUGCACCCAGGAGGCCGUCCUCUGGUGUCAGGCCAUGACCGACCCCACGUGCACUGAGGAUGUGAAGAGGAGAGCUCUGCUGAAGGCGGUCAACAAGCACAACAAACUCAUGGCUCUGGCCCAGAACGGAGAAGGUUUUGACAGGCAUCUGCUGGGCCUGUAUCUGGUCUCUAAGGAGGAGGGACUUCCUACUCCACAUCUCUUCAUGGAUCCACUUUAUGCCAAGAGUGGUGGCGGCGGUAACUUCACGCUAUCGUCCAGUCUGGUCGGGUACACUACCGUCCUGGGUGCUGUAGCUCCGAUGGUGCAGCAUGGCUAUGGAUUCUUUUAUCGAAUCAGAGACGACCGGAUUGUGAUGUCCAUCACUGCUUGGAAGUCUGACCCAGAGACAGACACAGAGUCACUCUUCAAGACCCUGUGUUCCUCUCUGCAUGAUAUUCUCCACCUAGCCACAACAUCUCAGCUCUAACUACCCAUAACUGAAGUAGUCCACACACUAUGAGCGUCUAGGAAAAGAAAUGGAAACCCAGGUUUGGCAUUGAGAAUAAAGGUGAGAUGACUGUCAUGAAUGCUCCAUGUUAAGAGGCCGCUGCUUCCGUUGGUUCAGUCUCACAGGAAAGCGACCGGCUUGACAUAACUUGUCGACUGCCUUUAGUUCAACCCUUCUAAGUGAUACGACAUGUAGGUUUAGGUUUAAAAAUGAAGAAAGUUGCUUAGAUGCAGCUGGUUUUAAAACAUCAAACAGAGCUGUAAUCUGAUUCCUCAUGGUGAGGUCAAUGUGAACUGGGCUAAAGUUGAAACAGUUUGAACUUUGAGUGCAGCGUGACUGUAGGGAGUCUGAGCUGCACUCUACGCCCGGGGCAGAGCAGCCCUAGGACAGGCUUCACACGCCACUCCAAAGGAAUACACUGGCAACACAGAGGCUCAAAGCUCAUCAGGGUGUGACCGUUUCACACAGAUAGAAAACCUGCUCAUUAUAUUAUACAUAUGAUAUUUUAUCAUAUGAUAUUUUUGUCUUCCUAAUGAUAACAUAUUGAACACUUAAGCACUUGCUCUUUUCCUCAUUCAGCUUCCUGCCGACAUCUUAUGGUGGCCUGUUUAAUUCAGGCACAUAUCCAAUUUUGUUAAUUUUUUUAACUUGUUUAAUCAUAAUUAUUGACAAUGAACAACAGCUAGUCAAGUAGUUGUGGGCAUUGGGUAGUCUACAUCAGGGUUCAGCAACCUUUUCGAAAUAAUUCGUCAAUGAGUGUGCCUUAUGCAACAAUAUAUUAAAAAUUACGCUGAAUUAUGACACAGCAACCAAAAACAUUUCCAGAAGACCUGGAAUUGUACUAUUUCCAUAUAGUCCAUCCACAAUCAUGCAUCAACAUUUUAAAUGUUUUUGUGGUUGUUAUAUUUGCAACAUGGGCUUGCAAAUUAUAAUUACAUAUGUCCCAUCUUAAAACACCAUUUUCAGAAACUCAUUCAAAAACACAUUGAACUGUGAGAAAUGUAAAAAACGAGAAUAUAUGAGAAUGUUGGAACCAUCAACAUCAAUAUCUUUAAGACAUGUACAGCUUUGCAAGACCAUGUGAAGGCGAUGCAUACAGGCCACUUGCAACAAUAUUUUAAAUAUUUUCUUCUCUAUUACCCACAACAUUAAAAAAUAUUAAUUGAUCCCAUUUCAAAGCACUGCUUUCUGUUACUAAUUUAAGCAUAUUUGCACUGGUAGGAAAUGCCCAAAACAGAAUAAAGUGCAUUUAAGAAAAAACAAAAAGGGCUUUUUAUUUAUUUUUGAAGUGUGUCAAUGAUUAUGCUGCCCCGUGCCAGCGUUGGCACGCGUGCCUAGGGUUGCCGACCCCUGGUCUACAUUAAUGGACAUUACAAUUACAUUUAUGUACCUUUUAAUUUGAGGUACAUUCCUAACAUAGUGAAAUGCAUUUUGUGACAAAUAAUUGAUAAUUCAAUCUUGAUACUUUUGAUUACUUUCAACUGGAUAUUCUGUUCUCCGUAUCAAAAGGCUUUAGAUUUUGCCAAAAAGGUAUAGGGGUAUAUUAACUUGUCCUUGUUCAUUCAUGAUUUUUUAUUUUACUAGCCUGAUAAUUGUUAUUAACUGCUGAAAGUCUGAAGCCAGUGAAACAAAAUAUGUUUCCCUUAUAUUUUGUUCUCCGUCCAAUGAGGUUCAAUGAGUGAACUUUAUUAAAGAACAAACUUACAGUAUAUUGCUGAUGAGAUGUGUGUUCACUAUAAUGUCCAUGAGUGACCAUUCAUACUGCAGUCAUUUUAGACUAACACUGAAUGUUUUAAAAAGCAAAGCAAAAAUGAACCUAUAUGUUGAAUGAAUUUCAGGCUUUGGUUGACUUCGUUUGAAUACCUACCCAAUGAAGUGAUUAUUGAAUGUGAAAUAGGAAUUCUGUAUUGAACAUUGAAAUAUGAGUCACUAAUCUGCAAUGUUUUUAUUUUAUGUGAAAUAGUUCAACUGUUUCGAGAACUAAAAUUACUAAUGUAAACCUGAUCCUUCUUUAAAUAAACUAACGUACUGCUUAAAGAAUGCUUUUUUAUUGCAGAUAAAAUAACUAAUCCAGUGAGCUGAAGCUGGACAGCAACACGGACACCAAUUUUUAUAUCGUACAAUCAUUGUAAAUGCAGACUUCUUCUCCCACACACAAUGUUUUAACAAAGGCUUCAAUAACUAUCUGGCUGUAAUAUCAAUGUAACACUGAAAUAGUCCAAAUAGUAAUCCUCUUGUGGCUACGAAGCAUAAAGGCCCAUUCACACCCUACGGUAAAUACAGAUCCGGACCGUUUCGUCCGGUCCCGGAGGUGCUGUCACACUAAAUUUGUACCGGCUGCCAGAUUUGUACCGGGCGCGUCAUCCAUACGUAAUCCACUCCAAAUCUCCUUGGCAACAGAUGAUCGCUUCAUCCGUUGCCUGGCAACGGACGAUCGCGUCAAAUGACGUGAAAUAGCGAUCCGUUAUCUGUAUUGUGCUAUUUCGUCCUUGACCUGCUUUAAACACUCAGUUUACUUGCUAAAUUUGAUUAAACAAUUAAAUACAAUACAAAUAUAAAGUAAAAACAAGUGUUAUCUAGAUCCGUUUUCUGUAUUAUGUUAUUUCGUCUUUGGCAACAUGAGCGUGAAUGUUUUUUGAAACCCGCUUUAAACACUCAGUUUACUAGCUACAUUUGAUCAAACAAUUAAAUACAAUACAAAUAUAAAUUAAAAACAAGUGUUAUCUAGCGAUCCGUUAACUGUAUUAUGUUAUUUCGUCUUUGGCAAAAUGAGCGCGAAUGUUUUUUGAAACCUGCCCGGCAGGUUUGGAAUGGAUUACGUAUGGAUGACGUGCCAGGUACAAAUUUGGCAGCCGGUACAAAUUUAGUGUGACAGUGCCUCUGAGCUUACGAAUCCGGAGUGCUCCGGGAGAAACGGAGCAAUACCACCGGAUAAUCGAGGCGGUGUCACGUUAAAAUUGUACCGGGGGCGAAAAUUGUACCGGCCUACGUCAUCAGUUGUUGACAACUUGACAACUGAUUUGAUUGGGUUGUCCGUUGCCGGGCAGGUUUCAAAAAACAUUCGGCUCAUGUUUCCAAAGACUAAAUAACAUAAUACAGACAACAGAUCGCUAGAUAACACUUGUUUUUACUUUAUAUUUGUAUUGUAUUGAAUUGUUUAAUCGAAUUUAGCUAUUAAACUGAAUGUUUAAAGCAGGUUUCAAAAACCAUUCGCGCUUAUGUUGCCGAACACCAAAUAACAUAAUACAGAUAACGGAUCGCUAGAUAACACUUGUUUUUACUUUAUAUUUGUAUUGUAUUGAAUUGUUUAAUCGAAUUUAGCUAGUAAACUGAGUGUUUAAAGCAGGUUUCAAAAACCUGUCUGGUCACGCUCAAUGAAGGAGUGCAAUGAACGAGCAUGAAAGUUCGCGAAUGUUCAAGAACCUUCCUACGUCAUUUGACGCGAUCGCCCGUUGCCAGGCAACAGACGAUCGCGUCGUCUGUUGCCAGGCAGGUUUGGAAUUUGUCAACAACUGAUGACGUAGGCCAGUACAAUUUUCGCCCCCUGUACAAUUUUAACGUGACAGCGGCAGUCAAAAGUCAGACCAUUCGCUAAAAUAGAUAGAGUAUUAUAAUAUCUGAUAUGUAUUGUAUAUAUAUUGUAUUUAACGUUUUAUACUUAUAUUAUUCUAUACACAAGACCUUUUUAUUUUAUUGUUCCCCUGCUUUGGCAAUGAGUUGUAACUGUUCAUUUAACAGCAUUUAAAGGAGAUAAUCUGCGGGUUGGUGAGGGGUGUCACAUGCCACCGCCGCCUAGGCCUACACUUUUUGCACUUUUUUUUUGUCGAUUUCGGAUGACACAAA